GGCCGGGCGGCGAGCAGCGCCCUCUCCCGCGCCCUCGCCGUCUCCCGCGCCGGGCAGCGGCGCGCACGAGCCAUUUGCAGCGCAGGCAGCCUGGCGAGCGGCCGCCGCGCACCGGCCGGAGCGGGCGGCACCAUGGAGCUGAAGAAGGACAGCAACGCCGUAUCCAUAGACAUGCUGCUGAUCGUGCACUCGGAGAAGCGGCGCGCCGCACAGGGCGCGCACUCGGACCGGCAGGCGGACCCGGGCGCGCCUCCGCAGCGCAGAGGAGGGCUUCAAGGUGUUGGAAACGGAAUCCGGAGAUGGCAGAAAUUAGAAAGAAAUGAACUACAUGGAAACCUGGUGGAGAAGCAGCACCCCCAGCAGACCCAGGUCAUCACCUCCUACGACAACCAAGAGCGACGUGGCUGGAUUGGAGUGGUUGGAAGUACCCGGACGUUAGGAGAAGUUCGGGGAAGAGGUUUGUUGUUGAGCCCUAAACCAACAGGGACACAGCUGACUGUGGAGGUCCACCCUCAGGAUGCCAUGCCCCAACUGCUCAAGAAGUUCUCCUUGGCUAAACGUUUCCAAGGUGAUAAAAAUGGAAACACAAGACCCCGGCAGCCUGGAGGGAAAGACGCCCAUGCCUACCCCUGGGAUCGCUCCAGCCUGAAAUCCAUGCCCCUGGACCUGCGGCAGUUUGAGAAACUGGACACCUAUGCCUCACAGGUGACAGUCAAGAGCGGCCUGGACGCGCUGGUGAGCGACCUGCUCCAGGAGGCCCACAGUGACCUGGAGAGGGUCCGCGCCAUCUGGGUCUGGAUCUGCCACCACAUAGAGUAUGACAUCGAGGCCGCCCAGGAGAAGGACCGCCAGGCCUUCAAACCCACCACCAUCCUGCAGACCCAGAAGACCAACUGUGACGGCUACGCUGGGCUCUUUGAGAGAAUGUGCAGGAUCGCCGGCGUGCAGUGCAUGACCGUGCCUGGCUACUCCAAGGGCUUUGGCUACCAGCCGGGGCAGAGCUUCUCUGGGGAGUUUGACCACGCCUGGAACGCCGUGUUCCUGGAGGGGAGAUGGCACCUGGUGGACAGCACCUGGGGCAGCGGCCUGGUGGAUUCCACCACCUCCAAAUUCACCUUCCUCUACAAUGAAUUCUACUUCCUCACCCACCCUGCGCUGUUCAUCGAGGACCAUUUCCCGGACAACAAGAACUGGCAACUGCUCAAACCUCCUCAAUCUCUGAGGCAGUUUGAGAAUAACAUGUACCACAAGAGUGAGUUCUACAACAAGGGGAUGCUGAGCGCCCACCCGCAGACCUCCAUCAUCAAAACAGUGAACGGGAAGGUCACAGUCACCAUCGAGAGCUGCGCCCCAACGCUGUUCAUGUUCAUGCUCAACGGCAAGCAGGAGCACGGGCUGCUGAGCCUCAGGAAGAACGGGAUGAAGCUGGACGUGUACCCUCCGACCGUGGGCACCCACAAGCUGCAGAUCUUUGCCAAGGGCAACUCGGAGAUCUACAGCUCGGUGCUGGAGUACACACUCAAGUGCCACUACGCAGACAUCGACGUCCGGCUGCCCGCGGAGCUGCACCAGCCCGUGGGGCCCAGCUGGUUCUCGGAGCAGAUGGGCAUCACGAAGCCGUCCCACCCCGAGCCCGUCAUCUACACCAGCGACGGGCGCUGCUCCGUCAGCUUCAGCGUGGAGGAGGGCAUCAGUGUCCUGGCAUCGCUGCACGGCGACGAUGGCCCCGUCACCGAGGAGACACAGCGGCGCUACAUCUUCCAGCUGCAGUGGGAGAAGCGGACGGAGCUGAAAGUCCAGUUGCCCCACGCCGGCAAGUUCGCGCUCAAGAUCUUCGUCAAGAAGAGGCAGGAACCGGGCAACUACGUCUUCGUCUUCAGUUACCUCCUGUGCUGCACCAACAGCAAAGUGAACUGGCCCGUGUUCCCCGAGAGCUUCGGCAACUGGGGGCAGGAAAAUGAGCUGCUGGAGCCCCUGUCGGGCGUGCUGCCCGCCAACCGCAACGUCCCGUUCAAACUGAAGCUUCACGGUGUCGCCAAAGCCCUGGUGAAGGGGCAGGACACGUGGCCCCUGACCCUGAACCGCGAGGGCUACUGGGAGGGCAGCUGCAGCACGGCCGGCUGCCAGGAGGUCUACGUCAUGGUGCUGGAGAAUGCCAACCACAACUUCUACUCCUACAUCCUGAAAUACAAGGUGAACGCCCAGUGAGGACCGGGGCCCCGCCACCCCUGCUCCGGGCACUGCAGAGAGCCCCAGACACCCCUGAGUCUGCAUGGAAUCCCUUCUGGGCCUCUGCCUCAGUCUCCCUGCUCUGACGUCUGUGUUCUGGUGGCCGAGGGGACAGAGGCAAAGGCCCUUUAGAAGACAAAGGUGCUAUGUAAAUCUAAGGUACUGUAAACUGUACACCACUGCCCAGACGCCCCCUUCUCGUGCUGAUGCUCUCGUCGUUGUUAUCUGGCUGGUGUGGGAAAGCCGGGAUGCUGCCCGGGCCGAAAGCUUCUCCCUUGAUGGGGAGAGAGGAGAGGGCGGGCUCUACGGGGCUGAGUCGUCCUGAAUCCUAGAGCCCCUUUCAAGGAGCAUCACGGUGUUUCUCACCAACUCCUGGACCCCAGGGGAGGCUGGACUGUCAUCUUUUCCCCAGACCUGACCGCCUUCCGCAUUCCCGACGCCACUUCUUGUUCUUCCAGGGUCUGAGAAGGAAGGUGUGGAGAGGAAACUAACUGCCCCCCAGCUGACUGGGGGCUGAGGGCCUCCACAAUCCCUGUGUGUGCUGGGAAUGUGGCAACAGAAAAGUUAUGGGAGACUCCAAGGCCAAGAGCAGCCAGUGCCCGCUCUUGGUGUCCUGGGUAGGGGCCAGGAGGUGCAGGAAUACCUGGCAGCCCUGCCACCUGAGUCUAAGGAUGUAAGACCUCCGACUCUGCUCUCAGAGGGAGUAAUUCAGUCCACUCUGUCUAAGAGCAAUUCACUCGGCCCCUCCAGGCCCUCUCAGGCCCCAGCCUGCACCCUUCACAGGAAGCCCCAGGAGGCUGCUGGGCCCUUGGGGAGCCCUGACAAUAACCCUAAAUAAAGACUUUGGGUGAA